AUGAACAGUGAAAGAGAGCGAGAACUGAAGCUUGUCAGAGAUUACAAGCCUCACAAAGAUGUCCAGCAUCUCAGAAUCAUGCUUCAUGGACCACCAGGUGCUGGAAAGUCCAGCUUCAUCAACUCUGUCGACAGUACUUUAAGAGGCAAAAUCGCAACUCGAGCACUGGCAGACGCAACCUCUGGUGUCAGUUUCACUAAUGCAUACAGGACAUUUAAAAUUCAGAAAGGAAAUCCAGAAACCUUUUACCCCUUUGUCUUCACUGACACCAUGGGGCUUGAGAAGGGCACUGAGGGAGGAAUUCAUGUGGAAGACAUCAAACUUGCCAUGAGUGGACAUGUCAAAGAAGGUUACACGUUCAAACCCACAGCUCUUUUGCGUGAAUCAGAUCCUGACUACAACAGUUCUCCUACUUUAGAUGACAAAGUCCACAUUCUGGUUUUUGCUGUUCCUGCUGACAAAGUGAGCCUAAUCAGUGAGGAAACAUGGAAGAAGAUGACAGAAGUCAGACGACAUGCUCGUGACAAAGGGAUCCCACAAAUAGCUGUUAUCACUAAAAUUGAUGAAGCCUGUCCUGAAGUCAAAAAAGACAUAACGAACGCCUACAGGAGCAAGCACUUGAAUCAGCUGAUGGACACAGUGAACGUGGAACUGGGUAUUCCACUGAACUGCAUCUUCCUCGUGAAGAACUACCACAAAGAAACUGAUACGAAUAACGAUGUGGAUUCACUGAUACUGAGUAGCAAAUGGUCUGCACAGUUCCAGCCAACUCCACCUCAACCAGAGGUCUCGCAGGUACUGGUCCUGCUUCUGUUCCUGCUGGGGGCUCUGGAGAGCUGUGCAAGUCGUUUGUUGCCGCUGGAGACACUAGAGAGCCGCUCCAGCCAUCUGUCUCUGAGGCUCAGGAGGGUCCAUCCAGCCAUCAGUACCACCAUCAUCGUCAGCUCAAUCGCCAGCUUAACAGCCUUAUCCACCUACAGCAGCCAUGUCGUCGCCCGUUCAGGUGCCAGGGGCUGCUCUGCCACCAUCUGGUCCUGCUUUGUCUGGCUCUGCGUCGUCUUGUCCUACAGCAUUUCCCACACAGUUGACCUCUGGACCUGUCUUCUUGUUGCCACUGCUUUCCGCACGGCAGGCCUCCGAAACGGCAGACCUCAGGCAGCCAGAGUUGGUACCAGGACAUCAGAUACAAAGAUAGUGGGCACAGGGACUCCCCAAGCCUGUGUGCUCAGUCCACUCCUGGAUACCUUCUUCACCUAUGACUGCAUCCUCUCCAAGAGCAACACCUCCAUCAUUAAGUUCACUAAUGAGACAACCGUUGUCAGGCUGAUUACUGGUGGAUAG